CUGUCUCACAUCCAUUUGCAUUUGUUUAAAGCACAACUAAGGCAAGAAGAAGCAAAGAUCUUUACCGGUCAAUCUCACUGCUUAAAAUGAGGACUAUUGUGCUUGCUUUCCUUGUUUUAAGUGUCUGCAUUCAUUGUGCAACCCCAUCAAAACAAAACAUACGCAAAAAACGUGCAUGGAUUGUGGAUUCACUGUCUAUGGAAGAGGAGCAAAUUGGUCCUUUCCCAUACAAACUGGGAGAUUUAAGUACUGAGAAGAAUGUUAUCAAGGAAUACUUCAUUCAUGGACAGGGCAUUGACAAAGAUCCCAAGGGAAUUCUGUCUAUUGAUAAGACUGACGGAUCCAUCUAUGUUCAUGGGAAAGUCGACUACGAGGAAUACAAGAGAUUAACAAUCACAUUUGAAGCUGACAAAAACUCAGACUCUAAGUUUGUCGUGGAUAUUGAGGUUCUGGAUGUUAAUGACCACGCACCUGUUUUUAGUGAUCCAGUUUAUGAAACCACAAUAGAUGAAUCAACACCACAAGGUAAGCAUUUGGUCACAAUGCUGGCAAACGAUGGUGACCAGGAUGGCUCAGCAAAUUCGAUGUUUACUUUCAGAAUUGUUUCAGUCACUCCCACUCCCUCCAACGCUGAGUUCUUCAUUCAGCAAACUGAGGGAGAUACAACAGGGGAAAUAUCUUUCAUGGGCUGUCUUAAUUAUGAGGACACCCAAAAGUACACUAUUCUGGUUGAAGCAAAGGAUCAUGGGGAGAAGGUGCAACUCUCUAGCACAAGUACAGUGAUAGUGAAUGUUAUCGACAAAAACAAUAAUCUUCCAGAAUUCGUUGGUAAAAUGACAUGUGAGAAGGUCAGAGAGGGACAGCAUGGAGAACCUGUUUGUAGACUGCAGGUGACAGAUAAAGACAGCAGAGGAACAGCAGCUUGGAGGGCCAAAUACUCUCUGCAGGGUGAACAAUCACAGCACUUCAAGAUUGAGACUGAUCCUGAGACCAAUGAUGGAGUCAUAACUGUCACUGAGCCAUUGGAUUAUGAAGAGCAGUCCAGUUUGAAACUGACCGUCAGCGUAGAGAAUGAAGAGCCCUUAUUCACCUGUAGAGUCAGAGGGCGUCCCGAACAUGGACAGUGGGAUGUAGAAAACUCCAGAGGCAGGUCCAGUUCUACAUCAGAGUCCCAUUCGAUCAACAUUAUUAUAGAAGAUGUCAAUGACCCGCCGAUAUUCAUAGAAAACAUCAAACAUGUGAGCGUAAUGGAGAACAUGGAAAUUGGACACAGCCUGUGGACGUUCAAAGCUGAGGACCACGAUCACUAUAACUCAAAUUCAGUAAUGUUCAUCAGAGGAGAAGAUGUAGAUGGCUGGGUAACUGUAGAUUCACAAACGGGUCUUGUAUCUACAGCUAAAGUUUUAGACCGGGAAUCACCUUUCGUAAAGGGCAAUACUUACACUGUCAUCUUAUAUGCUGUUGAUAAUGGUACACCACCAAUGACUGGCACCGGGACUUUAAUUAUACAUCUGAGAGAUGAGAAUGAUAAUUCACCAAUGCUAGAGGUCGACAAACUGUACAUGUGCUUGUCUGAGACGACCAUUAACAUAACAGCUGCUGACCCAGACCUGCAUCCAUAUAGCGUGCCAUUCCACUUCAAGCUUGUGGGAGAUGUUGAGGGAAAAUGGAAGCUUCAUUCCAGCUAUGGCACAGCUGUGACAUUGAUCAAAGAGGGAGUUGUACAUACAGGCGAUCAUGAACUCACCCUGAAGAUCUCGGACAACCAGGGCCAGUUUUCACUUCAGACACUCACAGUACGUGUCUGUGACUGUACCAUUACUGCAGAAUGCAAUACAAUAAAGCUGAACAUCAUUGCCAUUGUUGUCAUAGUCAUCAGCAUCUUAAUACUACUGGGUACCUUGUUGAUGGCUUGCCUGAUCAGAUGUAGGGUGAAGAAACCUAUAAUGUUACAGCUGGAGGGAUCUGCCCAAUCUCUUAUUCAAUACAACACAGAAAGCCGUGGAACUGACUGCACGAUGCCGUACAGUUAUGCAGAUUGCUUGCCGACAAAGGCAUCUUCAAGUGAUAUCCUUUUCUCUGAUGGCAUGAUUGAGUCAACAGACAUUGGAGAUGUUAAGGGGUGUUUCGGUGAAAAUUGUGUUUUUGAGCCCCAUCGAUACUUUGAGGCUGGUGUUCAGACUGAUGUCCUCUGUAAUCGAGACAGCAACUUCACUUCAGUUAAACUCCAAGAUCCUGAAAUUUCUCAACCAGAUGUAAAAUAUAUGCCAUGGAAGGUCUUGUGAAGGAUGAAAGGUCACAAGAAGAUGUAAUAGAUUCAUGAAGGUUUGCACUAUGUGUGAAAAAGUUUAAUGUGUGUAUUGUUUACACUAUAUGAAUUGUAUACACUAUCAUUUUGAUGUACUGUAUUUCCAUGAUCAGACACAAAGCAAGUCUCCAAAGAUCGAAAGGACAAUGAAUAGAAGAGGAUUUAGAGUAAUCAAUCACCUAAAAAUUUUAAAUUAAAAGAAUGAUCAGAAAUGAAUUAGAGCUUAAAUAUAAAUUAGAGGUCAACUUAAAAUUGGAGUCAGAUAAAAUGAAUAACGGAAUCGAAAGUGUGAAUUAACAAUAAUUGCUUUACUUCAGCGCUCAGAAAAGACAGAACAACGCAGAGACCUUCAAGGGGCCAGUCUAUUGGAAUCCUACAUCGGAACAAAUAGUUUGGUUUUUUACCCCCGAUUUACACAUAUGUAAUUGUAUCUAUGUAAAUUCAUUAAUGCUUAUUCAUAAACAUGCUUGGGCUGGGUAGAGAUGAAAUUGUAUAGAGAAAUAUUGGUGGAAAAGAGUUCUCUACAUUUAUAUGAAGGAAUAUCUUGUUAUAUGAAUUCGGUAGUUUGUGUGUUGUGUUGUUGGAAUUAUAUAUAUAUAUAUUCCUAAUGUAGAUUUAUUUAUUGUUGUCCAAUAAAAGAAAA